CAGUUAUGCUAGAAGAAUAUGUGCUAAAUUUACAAGGGAUCGUGUUUCUAACAUUUCUUAUAGAAUAGUAACCAAAAAAGAAAUGUUUGAUGGUGAAAUAGGAUUUGUAUUUUCUGUUGAGGAUGCGCGCACGCUAUCUGCGGCGCCGGCCCUGACGGCGGUGUCAGGGGUGGCAGCAGUGUCCGCUGUGCCAGCAGUGUCUGUGACUGCUGAUGACCCGGAACGAACAUGCGCGUGCGCCGGCUGGCCGCGGCGUCAGCCACCAGUUCAUGAGAUUUUGCGCCCUAAGCCACGAAGGCCUUCAAGCGGUUGCCGGCCCGAAGAGGCGUGGUGCAGCGCGGGCGUGUCCGGAGCGCGAGCACUGCGCGUGCGCGUUGCAGGAGCGGCUCCGGCGCACGCCCGCCGACUCUCGCCACCGCCACAUGCGCAUCGGGCUACGACACCGCCACCGCCGCCGCCGAUUGAUCCGCCGGCUAAACCGAAUCCUGAGGAUUCUCGGACGGAGGCUCCAGAGGCCCCAAGUGGGGCGCAGCUGAAGGCAAUAAGUGCGGUAUCCCCAGUGACGGCGGCUAGUACGCCCGUCAAAAGCGCCCCAGCCCUAAGCAGCUAUGCUCUAGAACGACGCAAACACGACCGACCUGCUGAUACACCCCAACAGAAUGGUGUACGCGAGUGUAACAGCAGUUCCGAUGAAAACAGAUCCUCCGGUCAUGCAUCUAUGUCCGACAGUGGUGGCGGUGGGGAAGCUGGACGGGACGAGCCCAGAAGGUCGAGACAACCACCACACCCCAGAACCAAGCAUAGGCCGCAUAAUAAGUUACAGUCACCCUGGCCCGGAGGUGGUGGGCUGGAAGACAUCCGGUCUGCUAUCAAACAGCUCACGUUGCGCUCGAGGGACAGCAGCAGCACCGCUACCAGUGGUGCUUCAAGCGGGGGAGGAGGAAGCAACAACGCCCAAGAGACCGGCAGCGCGGCAGAGGCCAGGAGACGUCGCGCUCCGUUGGUGCGACAGCCGUCAUUGGACACGGUUUGCACCAACGUCACCAGCGCUGACGAGUUUGUCUGGGUCGACUCCCACAAUAGGCUAGUGGAGCUCCGCUGCGUCCCUUGGACGGCAGGCGAGGUCAGCCGGGCACUGCAGACCGGCCGCUGCCGUGAAGCCGUCGCUAGGUUGGCGCCCGACGCUCCACCACGCCUGGCUUACUUGUUGCAACGUGCCUUAGUCCGAAUAGCGCGUGAAGCGCAGCGCCUGUCGCAGAACUUUGGCUUUUGCUCCAAGCACGAAGUCGCCGGAGCUUUCAGAAUCAUACUCAGUACCCCGUUGGCCGAUUCUUGCAUAAAGGGUUGUCAACGUGCAGCGACAAUGUACGCGACGUCAGGCAGUGCGGCUAGGCGCCUGGGAUCGGCUGCGCGUGCGCGUACAAGUCUCGCCCCAGGCCGCUUCCUCAGAUGGAUGCUCGACGUCCGCGUCGCUUCUUUCGUUCACGAGUAUGCAGCCAUAUAUCUCUGUGCGGGAAUGGAGACGCUGCUGGAAGAGAUAGCUCUCAUAGCCGGCAGUGGCGCCGCUGCCGCUCCUAUAACGCCUGCGACCAUUGACCAUGCGGUGGCCAACUGUGCCGAUUUAUGGGGCCUUUUGCAACCCUACAGUCACUUAAACGCUGGCAGGGUAGCCUCAGGAGCUCUAUCUUUGUCGCGCUGGGAAUCAAUGAGCUCUUUAGGAUCCGGUACCGGGUCAUCGUCGGGGGCUCCUCGGCCUGAGAAUAGACAGUUGGGCAUGAGUCAUGAUUCUGGUAUCACCACCAAUGGAUCUGGAUCUGGCACAUCAGGUUCCAACACGAGUACAUCAGAGUCAGCUGGCACCAACGGCUCCGCGGGAUCCGGGGCUUCGGUGCUGUUGACGACGUGUGCCGGAUCCGCCGGAGAACUCAGGGCCGUGUUGAGACAGCUCAGCCCCAGACAUCCACCUCUGUCCCCCGCUGGGGAACGAGCCCUGUAUUACUUUAUGAGGUGUUCUCAGUUGGAGCACAGCACCAGUGGAGCAUCGGCGGGAGCGGGAGCGUGCGGCGGGGCAGGAGGCCUGUGGGGCGAAAGGGGCGCCGGGGCGUUGCCACCUUUGGGUGAAUGGGUGCGGGUGGCGCGUGCGCACGCUGCCCUCCGACCACCUCCUGUAGUACCGGACGCCGACGACGUGUUGCAGGCGGCUCGGUUGUUGCUGCCGCACGCUGACUGCCCACCCAGACCUGUCACCAUGGAAGAAGCGAUAGAGCCGGCUUGGUCGCGCUGUACGCGGACUGUGGAUGAAGUGAGUCGAGCCGCCUUGGGCCUGGCGCAGAGAGCCUUGUUGAGUGGCAGAGCCGAGUUCCUUAGCGGAGUCAGGGCGCUGCUGCCCCCUGCGGGGAUCGACGCCACCGACGGUUCGGGGCUGACUGCGCUCAUGAAGGCCGCCCUAGCGGGAGACGAACAAGUUGUCGCGAUGCUGCUAGAAGCAGGGGCAGACCCGAACAUCGAAACCGGAGGCUUAGCAGCUCAGCACAGUGCGCUGUUGUCGCCUUCGCGCUCGCCCAAUCAUCCCCACUCCUCUCACCUCGGCAACACCCCCGCCAACGCUUAUACUCCGCCGACUGCGGGUUGGACGGCUCUAGUGUACGCGUGCAGCGGCGCAGGCGCAGGUGGGUCGGGAGCGGUGGAGGCCGCUCGAAGACUGCUAGCCGCCGGCGCACGAGUCGACGGCGCACCCGCCAGAGGGGAGGACGUCUGUACGCUGACACCUUUGCAGGUGGCUUGCGGCGUGGGCAACCUCGAGCUCGUGCAGCUGUUGCUUUCGCACGGAGCCGACCCCUUCCUGUCCACGCAACUCACCGACGCUCUCUGCUACUCGGCGGCUGCUCAGUACGGCUGCUACAGCGCGGUGGCCGUAUGUUGCACUCACGGGCGUCGGGCUUGCCUUCGCGCCGCAGUCCGCGGGGGCGGAGGCCGAGCUGUUCUCUCUUUAGAAGAAGUGCUCGCGGAAGGGGCUCCGCCCGCCGCCGGCCGGCCUCCACCCUUCACGAAGCAGCAGCAGCGAGCUUUGCAAGAUGCCAUGUACUGCGCCGCUGAGACCGACCACCUCGAUAUAACUCUGGAGCUGCGAGCUCUCGGAGUCCCGUGGUCCCUUCACGCCUGGACGCUCUCCUUGGCAGCCGCGGCGGAGGCCUCUCUCGACCACGUCAUCGACCAACUCCUCCAAGAUUUCCUACAGGUGUGUCCGAGUGACGACAGCCACUACGGCAAGCAGUUCAUCUACGAGUGUCUUCCUCUGCUUUUCAAUAUUUUAAGAUACAGCAAGAAGGAAGGCACAGUCCUCCUGCUGGCGGACAUCUUGUGCGCGUGCUACGGCUGGGAAGCGGUGCCGGGCGUGCGCGAACCUCCCCCCGCCACGGCUGCGCCCGCGCGAGUGGACGUCUCGUACGUCAACAACCCCUCGCUGGCUGACGUCACUUUCAGGGUGGAAGGUCGUCUGUUCUAUGGACACAAGAUAGUGCUGGUGUCGGAGUCGCCUCGGCUGCGGUCCAUGUUGGCCCCGGCCCGGAACUCCGCGGAGGCCCUUCCGCCGGCCAACACGACGCCCCCGCUCGUGCAGAUUAAUGAUAUACGAUAUCAUAUAUUUGAGCAAGUAAUGAAAUACCUCUACUCCGGUGGUUGUUCCAACCUGGAUAUCCCAGAGAGUGACGUUCUGGAAGUGCUGGCCGCCGCAUCUUUCUUCCAGCUCUUACCGCUACAGAGGCACUGCGAAGCGCGCGCUGCCAAGUCUGUCGACCUGCAUAAUCUGGUGUCCGUCUAUAUCCAUGCUAAGGUAUAUGGCGCUACUCAACUGCUAGAGUACUGCCAAGGUUUCCUCCUCCAAAACAUGGUAGCUUUACUCACAUAUGACGACUCUGUGAAGCGUCUUCUGUUCGGCAAGCGCUUACCGGGUCACAAUGUCCUCGGAGCCCUGCUCGUCACGCUGCAGAAGAGAAUUGAAUCCCGAAAGAACCAGGCGAAGGUCAGAUAGCCGAGGAAUCGCAUUUCCAUGAUAAGGUUUCUGCAGAUGCGGUUCGCGUUCUAUGGGUUCCGACUUCCAUAGGAUGAACCUUCACAACGGUGAAAGAUGUCUUUGAAUUCUAGCGUAUUAACAUUUCAGAUAUUUUCUUAACGAGGUUAAAGGCGAUGUUUAAAUUAAUUUCAAAAUCUACGUUUUACUGUCGCGAGAAAAUAUAUUCAAAAAUCUUAUUGCGUCUGAGAGACGAGAAUAUGUUUUCUCCGUUGACAAGUGACUGUGAUUUUUUAUUUCUUUAUUAUUAAAUGUUUUUUUCUUCAAUUAAAUAUAUGUUAAUGAAUAUAAAAAUAUAAUAUCAAACACAAAAUAUUGAAACAUGUAAAUUUAAAUGCAUUGAGAUAAAACUAUGUUUUUGAUCUGUUUGUGUAUAUAAUAUACUAGUUAUAAAAAAUGUUAAAGAAAUAAAAAUUUGUAUUAACUUUCACCAUUAUGUAAAUACUCUAUAUAGUGUUACCCGCUAAGAAAACUUAAAUGAUAUGUCGCAGCACAAAGAUUUAAAUGCAUUAUAUUUUUAGAUAGUUUUAGACCUAUUCUAGUACACGUAACUUAACAUAACAAAAAACGCCUAAGAAUUCCAAAUCGUCACGGUAUUUUUUUAAAUAAAGGUAUAUAAAUUGUCUUUAAAAAUCUUAGAUAAUUUAUAAUAAAUAUCAAAUGUAAGAGCUAAAGUCAAAAAACAAUAAAGAGGAAUUCUUAAUAUAUUCAGUUUUGUAGAUCAUACUAAUAUUUUACAAUUUUUUAUUUGAAUAAUGAAACGGUACCCUACAAAAAGUUUAUAAUAAAAUGCAUUCAUUGCCCAUUAUGUUUGGAUUAAUCUUUAAAAGAGUAUUUGACGUUAUUUCGUAUAUUGUAAUUAUUAU